AAGUCAUCCAGUACAUUUGCGUUACGACUACCUCAGCCGCACUGUACGGACACAAAAAGCGAAAACCUCCUUAUAUUACCUCUACAUUGGGUGGAAGGACAAAUCAAUCGAUAUCAAUCGAUUACAAUAAUGACCAACAAAGCAACCAGAGCCGUAGGCAAUGUGUGGCCGAAAUGCCCAAGCUGCCCGAACGCAAAUCUGUUCACAGCCAAACAGGGUUCUCUGCCCAAACUUACCGCUAGACUCUCAUUAUGGCUGUCACCGACAGCAUUCUCGAGAUUGGCUACGACCUACUUGACAAGGGUCUGAUUCCCGACUUCAUCCUGCGACGCGCCAUUCGCGCCGUAAUCCGUCACCGCCUACGAAAAAUUGAUCAUGGAUCAUUGGAAGCUAAUCAUGCCGUAAAAAUGGACUGGAUAGCUGGAGUGAAGGCCAGAAAGACGAUUGCGGAUGUACCAGAGAAGGCCAAUGAGCAGCAUUAUGAGGUUUCGACAGAUUUUAUUCUCUCUACUUUGGGACCCCAUGCGAAAUAUUCGUCUUGUCUGUAUCCAACUGGAAAAGAAACCUUGGAGGAGGCGGAGAUUCUCAUGUUGGAAAGCUAUUGUGAGAAGGCUCAGUUAGAAGAUGGAUUAGACAUCUUGGAUCUAGGAUGUGGAUGGGGCAGCUUAUCUCUUUACCUUGCACAGAAAUACCCAAACUCGCGAAUCGUCGGUUUGUCUAACUCGACCACGCAGAAGGCACAUAUAGAUGCGACAGCGAAAUCUCGUGGUUUCACCAAUUUAGAGAUCAUAACUGCAGAUGUGAACACUCACGAAUUUGACGAAACGAGGCGUUUCGACCGGAUCAUAUCAAUCGGGAUGUUCGAACACAUGAGAAACUACCAAGUCCUUCUCAGGAAGAUAUCGACUUGGCUCAAGUCCCAAGAAUCCUUGCUCUUCAUCGAUAUCUUCUGCCACGUCACAACACCGUACUAUUACGAAGAAGGGGACGGAUGGAUGACGAAGAACUUUUUUUCGGGUGGAACAAUGCCAUCCCUCGAUAUGUUCGCGUACUUUCAAGACGAUCUUACACUCAUCAAAAGCUGGUACCUAUCCGGCGUGAACUACUCAAGAACACUCGAGGAUUGGUUGAAGAUUCAGGACAAGAACGGGAAAGUCUCGAAGAACUUCGAAAUGACGCGAAAAAGAAAGGAAAUGAUCCCGUUGAAGCGGAGAAAACCUUUUAUCGAUUCAGAGUCUUUUACAUGGCAUGUUCCGAGUUGUUCAGGACGAACGGAGGCCAAGAAUGGGGGGUCGGUCAUUAUCUGUUUCGUCCGAAAGUGGUGACCAAGGAAAGGGAAAGAAAUUCUAUACAAAUAGGGAAAAGAACUGA